AUGAUGUUUGGACGCAGACUUACAUGUGAGUUAGACAAUGCCCGCCCGAAUCUAAAGCAUCAAUUGAGAUUUAAGCAAUUACAAGCAGACAUUCUGAACGAAAAUACAAAAGCAUAUAGACCCGGUGAUAACGUUUAUAUUCGAGAUAGAGUGAUGAAACAGUGGAAGCCAGGUGUUAUUAAGCAGAGAACACAUAAAUACUCAUAUAAAGUCAAUACACCCGAUGGAACAGAAAGGCGAAUGCAUGCAGAUCAUAUUAGGCCAAAAGCCAUGGAUAGAGAUAAUAAUACAAAAGCUGAACAUACACCAAUCAGCCCAACAUGGUUGGAACACAAAGUACCUGAUAGAAAACAACCAAAUUCAUCCGAAAAAUCUACGGAACCAGUGAUUCCGAUAAAAGCCUCGAUUCCUAAUAUUACACCCACAGAAACGAUAACGAUACAAUCAACACCUAGACCCGGAAGCCUAAUAGCAGAAACAAUCGAACAAGACAGGCUAACCAAUGAAUCGAAUAAGGAUAGAGAAUAUAAAGCGAUA